AUGAGUACGAGUCUGUCUCUUUCCAGAACUUUCCCAGAGGUCCUCGUUGGCCAGGACUGUGUUUUCAUGACACGUGCUGGCAGCAGAAGAUCCCAAGAUGGUGAGAAACCUGGCAGUGAGCCUGAAGAGGUGAAGCUGCAGAAAGCCAGCAAACAGAUUGUGCGGAAUGCCAUCCUGCAAGCUGUACAGCAAGUCUCCCAGGAGAGCCGGCAGAAGGGGGAGAGCGCCCGAGACAGCCAGGGCAGCCUCCAGCUGGGCGUCGGGGAAUUAACCAAGAAGCAUGAAAAGAAGUAA